UACCAGGGCAACGCGCGUCGCCAGGCAACCGCUCUGCUCGCACUUGCCAUCUGCAGGCAGCGCCAUGGAGGAAAAGCCGGACAUCGGAGCUUUGAGCCCUGAACAACAAGAAAACCUGCGCCAGUUCAAGAUCAAGACAAGAAUGGCGAACGAAAUGUAUCUGAGGGCUCAUCCCGAGGUGGAAAUGCUGACCAGCGAUUUUCUAAGAGAUGUGUUUCUUAAAAGACCUACAGACAUCCGUCAGUUUGCUGCAGAUUACUUCAGUGACCCAGACCUACCAGCAAAAAUUGGGUUCCGAGUGGAAGAAAACGCUGCAGUGAACAUUUGAGGACUUCUUUAAACAGCGGAUCGUGUGCUCUGUUGCCAUUUGUCUGUAACUAGCCGAACUCCAUUCGUCUAAUUAGCAAUAGCAACAUUAUGUAAUUGGCUUCAUUAAGAGUGGAGUCGACAGGGGACACGAGACCGCUUAACUUGUUUGUUCGUUGACUCUAUGGGGAUGAAUUAUGAACUGCACUGAACGGAACAAAAUGUCUCGUUAAGAGUACAGAGUUAUUAUUAGUCAUGUCUGGUUGCUUGACCUCUUCAUGCUGGAGAGUUCCACCAAUUUUUCCUGCAUAAUUCAAUGGUUAAGAUGUAAACAAAUACAAGGUGGUGUGAUGCAAAAAUCCAUUCAAGAAAAACUUGACCUACAGAAUGAUUCACAGAGGUGGUGAUGGGAACCAGACGUCUGAAGAGUUUAAUGCCUCUAAAUGCUCCCUCACAGAAACUUACAUGAAGUGGUCAUGAAUGAUGAGUUCCCUGGUUCCUGUCCCCACCAUUCUAAAGAAAUCUGAGUCAGUAAGUUUACAAUGAACCAUUUCAGGCCAAACCACUCAGAAUAAUUAGUUUACAUCUCAGCCACUGAAUUUUGCAAAAUUUGGAAAGAAUUUAAGCAGAAAGGGCAAAGGGCAUAUAUGUUGUAAAAAUAUUGUUUAAAAAUGUUGCAAUUAGAUUCAUAAAGGCAGAAGUGCAUUGAUGUUUUUGUACAAAUGCGUCAACGAAAAUAUAAAUUAUACCUGAUUUCUUUCUGGGUUCGA